AUGACCACAUGGCACUCAAUCGACACUAUGGUCCCUUUUGGCAACAAGUUGCCUAUGAUGGAACUCUCCAUCUCUGAGAUGGAUAUCGUCCUGGAAUUCUAUUCCCAUGCGCAGUUUGUUGAACAGACUUAUCCCGACACGAACGAAGGGAUUGAGGACAUCUGCUCAAAUACGCAGAACGAUGGAAUGACUUAUUUUGACACGAAUGGAGGGAGUGAGGAGAUCUACUCAAAUACUCAGUAUGUUGUCUCGAAUUAUCCUGACACGAAUGAAGGGAUCAUCAACCAACAUCAGUUCGACGACCAGCAGUCGGAAUACGGUACGACAGGACUUAUCAAUGAGAUCUGGAAUGGAUCUUACCAACCGCCAUAUCCUGUCGCUCCGAUCUAUGGGAUAUCAAAUGAUAAUCAUGAUGCUCCGCUCCUUGUAGGAAAAGACCUCUGGCCUUUUGACAACCCUACGGACAUCCGUAUUGGCGAUUGUAUACUUCCUGAUCACUCUUCACAAUCCUUUUCCUUUGCUCCACAAGAAGAAUGGUCUCAGUUUGAGGAGUCUUCCCCGCCACCAGCUCCCGAGGAUAUCUUACCUGAUUCCAUAUCCUCCCCCGUGUCACCUUCAUCUACCGCAAUUUCAUUCCGUCCCCCUCGAAAAAGUGUUUGGACGACAAAGAAGCCUUACUGGUUAGGACCGAUUCGACCUAUUCAUUGUGUUCAAUGUUAUCAGACAGGAAUUGUAUGUCGUCAUACUCCACGUAAACGACAACAUCUGGCACCGAAUACAAGAAUGAAAAUCCUGGUCUCGGAGUCUGUUCUCUUGACAUACCCAUAUUCCCAAGAUCCACCUCGUCACCAUGACGAAGAAGAAUUCAUCUACCUCUCAGCAUCGACUGUCAUUGAGGAACAACAAAUCAGAAAAGUGGAGGAAUGGUUGCCAGAAGGUAGUAGUUCCCUGUUGAAUGUACCUACCCUACCAGAGAAAUCCAUGAUCGCCACCUUGAAACGACUCCAAUUCGACAACCUCGACGAAUUCCGACUGAAAUGUCGUUUGGCCGAAACGGAACAAUCAUGGGUUAAUUUCGAAGAAACGUCCUUCCAAUACACUUUUAACCCAAUAACUCAACUCAGUAAGUAUCCCGAGGACAUCUCCACCUUCAUAACUCCUAUGAUCAAGACGACAGGAUUUAGUCAAUCAUCCGUUGAUCGCCAAUCGAGAACGACGAAAGUUGCCGAAACUGAGAAAAUGACCUUUAUCCAAGAAAGUGGGAAAGACCCAAGCGAGAAAGAGAACAUGUCCAAGGUGAUCUCAAUCAAGAUUGCUCCUAUAUAUCUUCCAUACACUUGGGCAGAAUCCACAUAUGAAGAACAUACACAUGUCUUGAAAACGAUUAUUCGUGAUGAAUCUGGAAUCGUCCUUACCGAGAUACCUAAGCGACAUGGAUCCCAUUUCAAGAAACAAGUAACAUCCAAUGUGAACAUACCGGAGAUCACGGUAAAACUCAAAAGGGGAAGAAAACCUUUACCUACAGGAUCAAGUCGUUGUUCUUCUUGUGUAAAGUUGAAAUGGAAAUGUAUCAGGGAUUUUGAAGGACCUUGUGGAACGUGUAUCACCCGUCGGAAAACUUGUGAGCAAGAUUGGAUAUUACCUGUUGAACGUAGGGCAAAGAGAAGGAAGGAAAGUAGUGAAUGGAAGACAUGGAAGAGAAAUCAAGAUGAUAAACCAAUUCUCAUGUAUCCGCCUGGUUGGAUAGUCUCGAAUCACAGUGUGGAAUCUACGGCAAUCUGGGAUCAGGGAGAUUGGUUUGACGGUAAUCAAGAGGUUGAGACGUAA